AUGAUACCGACUGAUGUGCCAUUUGAGUUUAAACGACUACAGUUUCCAGUGCGUCUUGCUUUUGCUAUGACUAUAAACAAGUCCCAGAGGCAAUCAUUAAGUGUUUGUGGUAUUAAUCUAGAAAACCCAUGUUUCUCACAUGGUCAAUUGUAUGUUGCCUGUUCCCGUGUUGGAAAACCAUCAGAUUUGUUUAUCUAUGCGCCAAGUAAUCAAACAAAAAACAUCGUAUACCACAAAGCACUACAAUGA